UGUUGAUGCUCUCGCUUCAUGCCUCGAACCCAGGAAGACCAAAUUCGGUUCCAGCUGGAGGCCUUUAUGUUCCAGGGAGGAUACAGUCCUUCUAUCUACAUAACGUGUAUUGUGAAGGCCACUCUUGCUUCUGCACCCAGUGAUGCUCUCCGCAUAUCCUGUUCCUUUUCCAACGGGUGGUUUGCUGCUGAUGUGAACCACCAGGCUUGUGGUUGCUGUGACUCAACAUGUGGUCCUGAUGGAGGAAAUGCUGCUCCUUUUGGGGGCGUUCAGUGGGAAGGCAAUGCCUCACUCGGUCCUGUAAUGGUUCAAGAGCGACAAGUUUUCAGUAAAUUGGGGGGGACCUAUUGCUGGUUUUCAAUAAACGGAAAAACCUAUUCUUUGUCUAGUUUAACCAAUUUGGAUUUGAAUGUGCUGCAGGUGUGGGGAAACUGGUAGUCCUACUCUACCUAUUUGUAGAAGGAAAAGCUCCCUUUUCUCAGUAGGGAAAUAUUAACUUAAGCUUUAAAGAUAGACCUACUGUGAACUUGGUUUAAGCUCAGUU